AUGGGAAUCUCGCCCUUUAGAAUCGACAUUACCAAACAAGAAGUCGAACGACUACAAAGGAAGUUGCAAGACACGAGGAUUCCAAAAACACCCAUUGUUCCUGGGGCUGGUAGCGACUAUGGUCCUCCGAUUGAAUGGUUCCAGCGUCUCACCAACAAAUGGCGAGACGAGUUUGACUGGUUUUCUAUACAAGAACAUCUGAACCGACAUGACCACUUUCUCGCUGACAUUGACGAUGAGAAUUCCCAGCUGCGAAUACAUUUUACGCAUAUCAAGUCGAGAAGAACCGAUGCAAUCCCUCUUAUCUUGGUCCAUGGUUGGCCCGGCUCAUGGCACGAGUUCGACCGUGUGGUUGACGCCUUUGCCUAUCCCGAGAACGUUUCGGACCCGGCAUUCCACGUCGUGGUGCCGAGCCUACCUGGAUUCUGUUGGUCUUCUGCACCCCCUCGGCGGGGCUGGACGAUGCAAGACACGGCGCGGGUCUUCAAUAAACUGAUGAUCCGGCUUGGUUAUACGCAUUACGUUGUGCAAGCGGGUGAUUGGGGAUCGUUUGUGGCCCGCGAAAUGGGUGUCAAGUUCCCAGAGUGCAAAGCAGUCCAUCUAAACUUCUGUCCGGUCGAGCUGGAUGACAGUAUCACAGACCUUACACCCCGUGAGGUGAAAAUCAAACAACGCUGCCAAGAUUGGUUGGAUAACCAUCUCGGGUAUGCUGUUUGUAUGCGGACCCGUCCACAAACCAUUGGUGUCGCGCUGAGUGAUAACCCGGUCGGAAUACUCGCCUGGGUCGGGGAGAAAUAUCUGGAGGCGGUGGCUCCCGCAAAGGUUGAGUCUCCAGACCCAAUAUGGGACCAGGCAAUUCUCACCACAUGCUCUCUGUAUUAUUUCACAGACUGUAUCAUGUCUUCGAGUCUACCAUAUUUCGAAGGUGUCAAGCAUGCAGAUUUUGGCAACUUCUUCCUGAAGCAAGAGAAUUAUAUCGGGGUGCCUAUGGGAUACACCAGCUUCCUCUAUGACACAAGGCCAGGGACCGAGAGAAGCGUGAGGAAGACGGGACGACUCGUGUUCUACAAUGACGGCGCGCUGGAUGCGUCAGACUCGAGCCUGAACGCCAAGAAUGGCAAAAUCACCUGUAUCUACUUUGACAAAUCCGGCCGCUUUAACGCCGAGCACAGGCAACUCACCAAGGCCGAGAUUGGAGAGCAGUUCGAACUCCGUCACCGAGACCUCCGGGACAUUGACCUCAAAUCCGAGGCGGUGACGCGCAUCUUGGUCAGGCCAACCACCAUCCUGCUGCAAUUCUUCCAGCUGUGCAUGAUCAUCCAGGCGGACGAGGCACUCCUGAUCUACAAUCAGCCGCAAACCAGCGGUGACAGCGACAACGACGACAGUAACGGCGCUGAUGACUCCUCCCCGCGGAAAGACGACAGUGAGUUCUACCACGAAUUCGAAAAGCGCAUGUCGGGCCCGACGAUCGAGACGGCCGACGUGCCGGAACUGCCGUACGAGCUGCGCGCCGUAGAGGCGGCGCUGGUGGCGGUGCUCUCGGUGCUGCGACGCGACCUCAUCGACGCGCGGCACAAGGCAGAAGAAUCGGCGGCGAGCCUGCGACUCGACUCGGGCCUGGCGGCGGUGGGGCUGAACCUGGUCUUCGACCGGACGCGGCGACUGAGCAAGAUCGAGCAGAAGGCGCGGCUGGUGCGGGACACGAUCCGCGAGGUGCUGGACACGGACGAGGACCUGGCGGGCAUGUACCUCUCGGACCGGGUGGCGGGGCGGCCGCACGCGAUAGCCGACCACCAGGAGGCCGAGUACAUGCUGGAGGCGUACCACAAGGCGGCCGACACGCUGGUCGAGUCUGCGCAGGCGGCCGUCGACGUCCUGCGCAGAAAGGAGAACACGUUCCGCUCGUCACUGGCCGUCCAGCGCAACCAGAUCAUGUUCCUCGAGGCCCGCAUCGCCAUCCACACCCUCGGUCUCGCCGCCGGCACCAUGGCCGCCGGUCUCUUCGGCAUGAACCUCCUCAACUACCUCGAGGACGCGCCCCAUGGCUUCUUCUACGUCGCGGGCGCCUGCGUCGUCCUCAGCGCCCUGUUCUCCAUGCACGGCAUGCGGAGUCUGAGGAGGAUCCAGACCCUCAAGGGCAUCCAGCGGUCUAGGGCUGGAGGACGUCGGUUUUAG